AUGAAAAUAAUUAACGAAAAUGAAGGAUUAAAAAAAAGAAAGCGAGUAUCAAAAAAAAAUAAGAUAUCUUGGAGGAAAAAUAUCGACAUUCAGGAUGUGGAUAAUUUUUUGGAAGAUAAGAGGUUAGAGGAGCGUCUGGGUAAACCUUUCGCAAAAAGAACAGCGGCGGAGUUAUUUUUCGUGGACACGAAACCGGACGAGAGUCUUGGAAAAUUGGAAAAUGUGCCCGAAAUAAAUAGUAAGGCGGCUUAUAGGGUUGCGCUCCGAAAUUCCGAGCCAAAAUGUUAUUCCGCUUUAAAGUCUACAUCAGCAGUGCCUGAUCCAAUCGCUAAGCGUAAUCGCGUAAGAACGCCAGAGGAACGUAAGAAUCCGGUCUCUCGGCGUAUUGAAGCGCUGAGGCGGCUGAACGGUCAGCUGAAGUUGAAAGAACGGGAUGCUAUACAAAAUAAACGUCUGGAGGAAGCCAGGAGAAAAAACAGACCGAAACGUGGUGAAUAUAACCUGGACGCCUGGGAAAUUACUCCUGAACAGGUGACGAAGAUGUCCUCGGUGAUGGACACUCAGUGGUUGAGCUCAGAUACUGUUAGACAUACUCUGGCGAAUAGCGGAUUGAAUAAACGCAAGAUUCCGAAUUCUCUUUAUAAAAAAACUUCUGUCUUGCCGGCGGUUGAAGCUCCGCAUCCUGGUUUGUCUUACAAUCCAUCGUAUGAAGAUCAUCAGGAUUUAUUGAGGAAAGUUGCGGAAAAAGAAAUUAAACUGAUAAAAGAAGAAAAACAUAUUGAGAGAGUAACUACCAAAAUGUUUAAAAAGGUAUCGCCUGCAGAACAAACGAAAAAUUGGUUGAAAGAAUCGUCAGAAGGAUUACCAAAUGAUGAUGAAGAUGAUAGUAAGAAAAAGACUGGUGAUGAUAAUGAUGAUGAUGAUGAUGAUGAUGAUGAAAAUACUCUAGAUACGCCAAAAUCCAAGAAAAAACAAGAAAAAAAAACCCUCAAGCAAAGACGUAAGCAAAAAGAACAGAGAAAGUUGAAAUUAGAUUUGGCAAAGGGCAAAAUGGAGAAGAAGAAAGUCAGUGAUUUAUACAGAUUAAGAAUGUUGAAAAAAAGUAUGGAUGCCAAGGAACGCAAGAAGCAAAAGCUACGGGAGCUAAGAGAAAAAUUAAAGGCCAAAAAAGCUCUUGAACCCAAAGUCUUGUCCAAGAAUAAGUACGAAGAGCCAGAGAUUGACUUUCAAAUGGGCCAUGAGCUUAAGGGUAAUUUACGUUCUACUAAACCUUCGACAAAUUUACUCAGUGAUCGCUUCAAGUCGCUCCAGCAGAGGAGUAUCGUUGCUCCAAGUAAUCGUAUAUUGAAACUUAACAAGGCAAAGGUUAAAAAGUUCAUUAAAGCUGAUCACAAAAUAACAAUGCCGAAAGUUAAGAAAAAUAAAUAA